AUGUCUAGGAAAAUGUCGGCCGAUCCCGAAGGAUAUGCGAGCAGCGAUGCGUACGAGAUCGUGCGCAAGAUUUCCUCCGGUAAACAUGCAGAUCUCUUUGAAGGCGUUCGAGUGAGAGAUCUCAAGAGUUGCAUUAUCAAGCCGGCGAAGGAAGUAGGGAGACACAGAAUAGAGCAAGAGAUCAAAAUGCUUCGUUCGUUACAAGGAGGAGCAAACAUCCCGAACCUCUAUGAUGUUGUACAAGACAAUCAGACGGAACCGCUGUCGGUGGUCUUCGAAUACAUCGAAAACACCGAUUUUAGAUCUUUAUAUCCCCGUUUCAGCGCCGAAGAUGUCCGAUACUACAUGAAAGAACUUCUCAAAGCUCUUGAGUUUUCCCAUAGCAAGGGAAUCAUGCAUAGAGACAUUCGGCCGCAUAAUAUCAUGAUUGACCAUAGUCAACGAAAGCUGCGUCUAUUCAACUGGGAUUAUGCCGACAUUUACGUUCCGAACUCUAGGUAUAGCGUCCGUGUUAGUUAUGGAUUCAUCAAGGCCCCCGAAUUACUCUUGCACUACGAGGAAUAUGACUGCAGCUUAGAUAUGUGGAACUUUGGAGUAGUUUUUGCUUCUUUAAUUUUCCGAAAAGAGCCGUUCUUCCACGGAAAUAGUAUCUUUCACAUCCUACAGACGAUUACACGGGUGUUGGGCACCAAAGGUCUGCUCAACUAUGUGGAGAAGUAUGAUAUAGAAACUGACCCAGACGGCGUUGAUGCCAUUCCGUAUUACGAGAAGAGGAAUUGGGAAAGUUUCUUCAGCGAGGGAAAUGAACGAUAUCGAAGCGACGAAGCUGUAGAUCUCUUGGAUAAGCUCCUACAGUGGGAUCACAAGCAACGACUUACCGCGGCGGAAGCUCUAAAACACGCCUAUUUCAACUGA